AUCAUACGUCCGUUACAACAUUCGCUGUGGAUUACUUUGUUGGGAUUCUUCUCAGCUAAGAGGCGUUUAUUUUUUAUUUUAUUUUUGUUUUAUACAGUUUCAUUUUUUACCCUGAAAGAUGUGUUCUGGCGGCUGUGCAAAGUGCUUGGGCAUUAGUCUUAUACCACUAGCCAUUCUGUGUAUAUUGGCUAAUAUAUUAUUAUUUUUCCCUGGAGGAAAAGUUGCUGAUAAUAAUGACCAUAUCACGAAUGAAGUCUGGUACUUUGGAGGAAUAUUGGGUUCUGGAGUUCUGAUGAUUUUUCCAGCAUUGGUGUUUCUGGGUCUAAAGAACAAUGACUGCUGUGGGUGUUGUGGCAAUGAGAGCUGCGGAAAAAGAUUUGCUAUGUUCACUUCUAUAAUAUUUGCUGCCAUUGGCUUCGUUGGAGCUGGUUACAGCUUUAUUAUAUCGGCAGUUGCCAUUCAUAAGGGACCAAAAUGUGAUGUUGGCAAUGGAAAUUAUAGCUAUCCAUUCCAUGAUGGAAACUACUUGGGAAACACAGAUAUGUGGAAAUUAUGUGCAGGGCCUGGUGAUAUUGUACCAUGGAACUUGACUCUCUUCUGCUUGCUCCUCAUAAUGAGCGGUGUUCAGGCCGUACUCUGCGCCAUUCAAGCAAUCAAUGGACUCAUAGGAACAAUCUGUGGGGACUGCAAAUGUUGUGGAUGUUGUGGGGGUGACGGUCCUGUUUAACUCUACUCCAGUCCUCAGUAAAUCCGACAGCAGUCUCUUCAUCGAGCAUGGAGAAGAUUUCUGUGCAGGAAUCCAGUUCCUCCGAUGAACACUAUAGCGGGAAGAUUAAGGAUGAAGGACUAACAUUCAGCUCUGACUUAAUCUUCAGCCAUGUAGACAGACUAUAUAACUGCUAAACAAUAUUUGCAGCACUGCAGAUAAUGCCACCUUGUUGGUGCACUAUAUAAUUUUCCUUUUUUUCCAAGUGAACAUGAACAAUCGGGUUCCAUUUAACUCCAGCAUGUUGUCCAGUUCAGGUAUUUACACUAUAUUAGGGCAUGCAUUCAGGAUGUGCUUUAUCAGAUUUAUCCGCUUGUAUUCUUGCAUCCUAGUAAGUCUCGUAAAGUAGGUGAGAGGGGGUGUGCCCUGCAAUGCUGCUAUCAGAACUGAUAAUAUUUAUUGCUUCACUUUUAUACUUCCCAAGGAUCACCAGCAUAGGCAGCAAUGGCUGGAGGAUGGAAAAACCAUUGUAGUUUACCAGAAUUUGCUCUGAAAACAUAGAAAGAAUGUCAAAAUUGCAAUUAUAAUGUCAGCCCCAUGGAUUCAGUGCUAUACUCACCCCUGCAAGUUGAAUAUUUUCCUGAAAAAUACAUAUUAACAUUUAAAUGUGUUUUUUUAAAAACAAUGCCCAAAAGUAACAUUAUUUAUGUAUGCAAAUAAUAUAUGAUCAAUAAAGAAAUGUUUUUUUC